AUGGUUUCAGAAAAUCUGAGCUCCAAAAGAGUCUGUGUGAUUGGAGCAGGACCUUCAGGUCUAGUUUCAGCAAGAGAGCUGAGAAAAGAGGGCCAUUGUGUAUCAGUUCUGGAGCAAAACCAUGACAUUGGAGGGCAAUGGUUGUACCAACCAGAGGUUGAAGAUGAAGACUCCAUGGGGAAGAAGAAGCCAUUGAAGAUUCAUAGCAGUGUUUACAGCUCACUAAGACUAGCUUCUCCUAGAGAGAUAAUGGGGUUUACAGACUUCCCUUUCACUGUAAGGAAAGGAAGAGAUAUGAGGAGAUUUCCAGGCCAUGAGGAGUUGUUUUUAUACCUCCAUGAUUUCUGUAACUGGUUUCAGCUUAGGGAGAUGAUAAGGUUUAAUACAAGAGUAGAGUAUGUGGGAAUAGCUGAAGGUUCUGCAUUUGAGUUUGGUGAUCAGGGAAUUAGAUGGAAAGUUAGGAGUAGAGAAAUGGAGAAUGGGGCUAUGAUAGAAGAGAUAUUUGAUGCUGUUGUUGUGGCUAAUGGCCAUUAUUCUGUGCCUAGAUUGCCUGUAAUCAGAGGAAUGGAUGAAUGGAGAAGGAGACAGCUGCAUAGUCAUGUGUAUAGAGUUCCUCAGCCCUUCAGCAAUGAGGUUGUAGUGAUGGUGGGGAACUCAAUGAGUGGGCAGGACAUAUCAAUGGAGCUUGUAAAUUUUGCCAAAGAAGUUCAUCUCAGUGCAAAAUCCCUUGAAAUUUUUCAAGGAUUGUGCAAAGUAAUUGCUAAAUAUCAAAAUUUUCACUUAAAACCACAGAUAGAUACUCUUUAUGAAGAUGGAAGAGUUAUGUUUGUUGAUGGCACUGUCAUUACUGCCGAUACGAUCAUAUAUUGUACGGGGUAUUCUUAUUAUUUGGAAUUUCUUGACACCAAAGGAAUAGUGGAUGUUGAUGAUGAUAGAGUGGGCCCAUUGUAUGAGCAUACAUUCCCACCCUCGCUCGCCCCUUCUCUAUCUUUUGUGGGCAUUCCAAGGAAGAUCAUUGGGUUUCCAUUCUUUGAAUCACAAGCAAAAUGGAUAGCUCAAGUGCUCUCAAGGAGGAGGACACUUCCAUCAUGUGAAGAGAUGAUGAAGGCUAUCAAGGAGUAUUACAACUCUAGAGAUAUGGAUGGAAUACCAAAGCAUAAUACUCAUGAUAUUGCCAAUUUUGAGUAUUGUGACAAAUAUGGCGAUAAAUGUGAUUUUCCACAUUUGGAAGGAUGGAGAAAAGAAUUGUGCUUGUCAUCUUUGCUAAAUGCCCAAAUGAAUUUGGAGACUUAUCGUGAUGUUUGGGAUGAUGAUCUUCAAUUGCUUCAAGAAGCUCACCAGAGCCCUCAUUUCUCACAUCUAGAUUAUGAGAAUGUUGUGGUAUGAAA